AUGAUAAAGUUGGAUAAACUCUCUCCUUUACUUGAUCGUUCCCAUAAUUAUUAUGACUUCCGCCGUGCUCCCUAUUCAAAAAUAUGCGAAUUCCUAAAUUCAUUUAAUUGGUUGGAGACCAUAAUAUCUCUCGACGUUGAUGAAGCUGCUAAGGCAAUUUAUGACGCCUCGCACUUUUGCAUUUUAAACUUUGUUCCGGAAGUGUCUUAUAUACCUUCGACAUUCCCGAAAUGGUUUUCAAAAAAUCUUAAGCAUAUUGUUUUAAGCAAGAAAAGAGAACAUGCCAAGUUUAAAGCUUCACGCUGUCCCCUUGAUUAUGCGGAAUUUUCCGCAAUUCGUGCCUCUUACAAGGCAGAAUACAAGAGAUGUCAUACUGUCUACCUGUCUCGCACUGAGUCUAUGCUAAAAUCUAAUCCCAGGUCGUCUUGGGACUUUGUCCGAAGUCUGUCUCUGAACUUAUUUUCUCAUUACUUCAAUACAGUUUAUGUUCCUCCUUUAUCUAAUGACCAUUCAUCUCCUUUUUUGUUCCAUGACCUACCUAGCACUUGUUCAUUCGACAUCGACGAUGUUGACGCUGGUCUAGACACACUAAAAAAUGUUAAGUCCGUAGGCCCCGACGGCUUGUCAGGUAUAUUCUUAUACAAUGUGAAAUCUUCAUUAUGUUUUCCACUGUGGCUACUUUUUAAGCGUUCAAUCGAUAGCGGAGUUUUUCCCUCUUCUUUCAAGAUUAGCUCUGUCACUCCUAUUUUUAAAUCUGGCGAUAAAGCUGAUGUCAAAAAUUAUAGACCUGUCUCUGUUUUGAGCCACAUAUCCAAACUGUUUAAACUUCUAGUAUUGAGAAGUAUUCAAUCGCCAAUUAACUCUAUUCUAAUCGACAAGCAACAUGGGUUUAGACCUGGUCGCUCGACCACUACUAAUUUACUCGUUUUUAACAAUUUUGUUAUAAAGGCUGUCGAGAAGCACAUCCAAGUUGAUGUUAUUUUCACAGACUUUACUAAAGCCUUCGAUAGAGUCGACCAUGGCCGCCUAAUCGAGACCCUGUACAAAACUGGGUUCGGUGAACCAUUGUUGUCUUGGUUCAAAUCUUAUUUGUCAGACAGAGUCCAGUGGGUAAAAGUGUUCGGAUGCAAAUCAUCCAUCUCAAAGGUCUCUUCUGGAGUUCCUCAAGGAGGACAUUUAUCUCCAAUAUUGUUUUCUUUGUAUGUAAAUGGCAUCAAGGAAAUUGUCAAAAACUGUGAACUACUCAUGUUUGCCGACGACUUGAAGCUCUUUAAGAAAAUUGAUAACUUGAGACGGUUCUUAUCUUACGCAGCUUUUGUCUUAAAAAUAAAUCAUCCUCCCCACGACUAUUUCUUAGUUGUGCAGGAACUCAGCCUCAUUUCACUGGCUGACAGGCGAGUUAAUGCUAACAUAGAGUUUCUGAAUAAACUGGUUGAUGGUCGUAUAGAUGCUCCCUCACUUCUCUCGAUAGUCAAUUUCAAAGUUCCUUCCCGUACUACUAGAUACCAUGCUCCUUUCGUUGUUCCUGCGCACACUACCAAUUAUGGCAGAAAUAAUCCGUUAGACCGCAUGAUGCGGCUGGCCAAUGAGAGCACCGUUCAUCAAAACUGA